AUUCCCUUUCUGCAAGCUUGCAGCUCAAAGUCAAUUCGCUCUCCCCAUCUCGCAGCGUUGCACCCGCGGCGCUCCUCCAGAUUUCUUUUUUUCUCUCCUUGAACCUCUCCUCUCUUCUCCCCUCUUCCCCCUCCACAGCCAUGCAGGCCAUCCCCAGAACCACCGCGCGCUCGGCGCUGCGCAACGCUGCCCGCCGUGGCUACAGCUCGGCCAGCUCGCCGUACUCCAAGACGAUCGAGAACCUGCGCAUCAACAGCGAGACCAAGGUCAUCUUCCAGGGCUUCACCGGAAAGCAGGGAACUUUCCACGCCUCGCAAGCCAUUGAGUACGGAACCAAGGUUGUUGGUGGAACAAACCCCAAGAAGGCUGGCCAGACACAUCUCGACCUGCCCGUCUUCAAGAACGUCUCCGAGGCCGUCAAGGAGACUGGAGCUACCGCCACUGCGCUUUUCGUCCCCCCUCCUCUGGCCGCCGCCGGUAUCGAAGAGGCUCUCGAGGCCGAGAUCCCCCUUGCCGUCUGCAUCACCGAGGGAAUUCCUCAACAUGACAUGGUCCGCAUCACCCAGAUGCUCAAGACCCAGUCCAAGACCCGCCUCGUCGGUCCCAACUGCCCCGGCAUCAUCGCCCCCGGCCAGUGCAAGAUCGGCAUCAUGCCCGGCUUCAUCCACAAGCGCGGCCGCAUCGGCAUCGUCUCCCGUUCCGGCACUCUGACCUACGAGGCCGUCAACCAGACCACCCAGGCCGGCCUUGGCCAGUCCCUGGUCGUCGGCAUCGGCGGUGACCCCUUCAGCGGCACCAACUUCAUCGACUGCCUCAAGGUCUUCAUCGAGGACGAGGAGACCGACGGUAUCAUCAUGAUUGGCGAGAUUGGUGGUUCCGCCGAGGAGGACGCCGCUGAGUUCCUCAAGCAGGCCAACAACGUCAACGGCGGCAAGCCCGUCGUCAGCUUCAUCGCCGGUAUCUCCGCUCCCCCCGGCCGCCGUAUGGGCCACGCCGGUGCCAUCGUCUCCGGUGGCAAGGGUGGUGCUGACUCCAAGAUCCUGGCUCUGGAGAACGCUGGUGUCAUUGUUGAGCGCUCCCCCGCUGGUCUGGGCAAGGCUCUGUACAACGAGUUCGUCCGCCGCGACCUGCUGUAAAUCAAGUCUCGUUCUUUGAUGUUUUUUUUACAAGGAAACAAAAAAAAGAGGCAACAAGAGUGGACUUGGGGAGCUUGCAUCAUUUAAUACAGAUAAAUUAAAUUUAUAAAAAAAAAAAAAUCAUCACAUGGAGGGAGUGGUGGCUGUUUCAAAAAUGGCUGGUGAUGGCUUUCUGGAGCAUGUGGAUAGGAGGGAAACGGAAGAAUACGUCCUUGUCAGGGUGACGGGCUACUUCUUUGUUUGUUUUCGCUUAAUUCUGUUGUUUCGUAGGUACGUGAUAGAUUCGGUGUCAUGGGAGGGCAAUGUGCCUUUUCGCU